AUUAUAAAUAUUUUCCUAAAAAACUAGUGCAUAAUAUUUGUUAAAGUACUGUAAGUAGAAAAUAAAAUUAUGGACAGGUAUAARAUUUUAAGUCAUAUGGGUGCCGGUGCUCACGGUGUCAUACUUAAGGGCACCUAUACUAGCGUACUGGACAGGGCUAAACGAGUAGCCAGUAGUAGUASUACUACUAGUACUAACAGUGUUGGUGGCAGGGCCAGCAGUGUCAAGGGUGGAAUAGCUGGUGCUGCUGAUGAUGAUGAUGAUUAUCAGGACAACCUGGAUAUACCCAAUAAAUAUUUGUUGGCCAUCAAAAGGAUAAUCAUCCGGAAUAAGACUAUACCGCUAUCGAUAGUACGGGAGAUCAAGUGCUUACAGUAUCUUAGAAGUCAUGAUAAUAUAAUCCUAUUGGAGGACGUGUUUGCACUGGGCUCGAGUGUCAAUCUGGUCUUUCCAUUGUUGCCAAUCAAUUUGACAACAAUUAUCUACGAAAUGCCUGGCGAACUGGGCGACAGCCAGUGCCAGAUCUACAUCAGACAACUGUUAUCCGGUGUCCAUCACUGUCAUACCAACGGUAUUGUUCACCGUGACCUCAAACCAAGCAAUCUACUGGUUGACUGGUCAGGCGUAUUGAAAAUCUGUGACUUUGGUCAGGCCCGGACACUGACCACGACGACAACAUCAACACCGAAUACAGAUUGCGGACAGUUUGCCACUGCCGAUGAUGACGAYCUCAAGAAAGACCAUUAUCAUCAUCAKCAGCAGUGCGAUAGCGGUAACGCCAGCAGCGGCAGUGCUCGUAGUCUGGAUAAUCCUGUACUAUCGCAUCAGGUAUGCACCCGCUGGUACCGAUGCCCGAACUAUUGUACGGUUCCAACAGCUACGACUACACGAUCGAUAUGUGGUCAGUCGGUUGUAUUAUUGGCGAACUCAUACAACGAUGGCCACUGUUCAAAGGCGAAUCCGAUAUUGAACAGUUAUGUUUGGUAGUGAAAACCUUAGGCGCACCGCCGGCCGACUGGACCAAUUCGAUGCCCGAUUUUAAUAAAAUUCAAUUUACAGUAACCACCGAUCAUCAGACGGCCAGUCGCCAGUGGCUUAGAAAACUGGARCGCAAAUGUCGUACGCAGACAUUGGCCGCCGAUUUGGUUACCAAAUUGUGCACAUAUACCGACCGAUUGGACAGUUAUGCGGCUAUUGGUCAUCCAUAUUUGGCCAACAACUCCUGUAGUAGUGUAGUCAACAACGAUAGUCUACUAAUUAAGCCACAGUUUAUCAUGCAUUUAGUGGGACCGCCAAUGAAUCGCAAGCCAUUGUAA